GAUGUCAGAGAGCUAAGGCGUCUCUCAGUCAACCUUGCACAGGCUACAGUCGAUCAAGUAACAUUAGUGGAGAAGACCAGUAGGGUAUUCUACCUGACGUUACUGCGCAAGCAAUCCGCAACCAUGGCCGUCGCUAUGCGCUCUGUUAAGGCCCAGCCUGCAGCGCGCCCCACCACGUCGCGCCGUGCAUCGCCCAUCGUCUGCCGGGCGCGCAGUGAUGCAACUGCUCAGAUCGGCACUGCUAUGGCCGCUUCGGCUCUCGCUGCAGCUGUGACCCUGGCCGCGCCCAGCGCUGCGUUCGCGGACAUUUCCGGCCUGACGCCCUGCUCUGAGAGCAAGGCGUAUGCCAAGCUGGAGAAGAAGGAGAUUAAGGGCCUGGAGAGGCGCCUGAAGCAGUACGAGGCCGAUAGCGCCCCUGCUCUGGCUCUGAAGACCACCAUCGAGCGCACCAAGAACCGCUUCGCCAACUACGCCAAGGCCGGUCUGCUGUGCGGCAACGAUGGCCUGCCGCACCUCAUCUCCGACCCCGGUCUGGCCCUCAAGUACGGCCACGCUGGCGAGGUCUUUAUCCCCACCUUUGGCUUCCUGUACGUCGCCGGCUACAUCGGCUACGUGGGCCGCCAGUACCUGCUGGCCGCCAAGCAGGCCGCCAAGCCCACCGACAAGGAGAUCAUCAUCGACGUGCCGCUGGCGCUGCGCCUGGCGGGACAGGGCGCCGGCUGGCCGCUGGCCGCCUUCAACGAGCUCCGCGCCGGUACCCUGACGGAGAAGGCCGAGAACAUCACCGUCAGCCCCCGCUAAGCGGAGCGGCUGCUGAGCUGGGCCGAGCUGGGGGAUUGCCUGGACAGCUGCAAGAGGCGCCUCGCUAGGGACAGCCCCGCUAGCAUGGCACAUGCUAGGCGGCGUCCCGGCUAGGAUCUUGGUGGCUUGACUCAUGAGGCACAGCCUAUGCAACGCAGUAGCUGGCGGCUGCGGCAGUGUCGACGAGACACGUGUGUUUGUGUGUGCAGUUUUGUAUCGUGAGGGGUCGUGUAACUGUAAUUUUGUUGCGAGAGGGGCGUUGAAUACCUGGGCAGGCCAAGCGAGGGUAUUCACGCGCAAGUGAUACUCGCGGUCCGUUGUAACUAGAGAAGAGAAGAAGAAACACGUGCACUAUAUAACCUUAGGAUGUAGAAGAACGACUCU